AUGAAGACAAUUCGCUCGGUCCUAGCAAAUGAUUGUCCCUGCAUAGCCGAAUGCCCCACCUUCUCCAAUCGGGCACACCCACUCAUCCCAACGACACUGUCGGUUAUGCGGCUCAUUGACACCAGGACCCUCGAGCUUCAAUGGUUCAACGACGAUGCCAUGCCAGAGUAUGCGAUCCUAUCGCACACCUGGGGUCCAGAAGAAAUCACCUAUCAAGAGAUGAUAUGGAUCAAUAGAGCCAGGGCACUGACUACUCGAACCCGCGACUCGACAGCGUCUUUCAACAGUCAAGAUGAUCAGACUGCACUCAUAUUUGCUGCCAUCGAGCUGAUGAUACGUGGUAGCUCUGCCUCCAGUCUUGGGAGCUCAGCUGAGGAAGAUCUUAUGCAUCGAGCGGGGUACAAUAAGAUAGUACACGCAGCUAGAGAGGCUCGCAUGUUGGGUUUCGGGUACAUCUGGUGUGAUGUAUGCUGUAUUGACAAGUCGUCUUCAGCUGAGCUUCAAGAGGCCAUUAAUAGCAUGUAUCGAUGGUAUAGAGACGCAGCAGUAUGCAUAGUCUAUCUUGAGGAUGUCAAGAGACCGGAUCGAGGCAAUAAUGAUUCCGCUUCUGCCAUAGCUAGAGCAGCGUUUCAAACAUGUCGAUGGGUAAAGCGUGGAUGGACCCUUCAAGAGCUGAUUGCCCCUGCAAUAUGUCGAUUCUACUUUCAGGACUGGACUUUGAUGGGCGAGAAGGUCGAAUACUUGAACGAACUCUACGAGGCGACUGGUAUUCCUGUCUAUGUACUGGAGGAGAGACGGUCGGUAAGCGAAGUUUCCGUUGCAGAGAGGAUGUCUUGGGCGGCGGGUCGCGAGAGUACACGGCUAGAAGACACAGCAUACAGUCUACUCGGCAUCUUCGAUAUUCACAUGCCACUCUUAUACGGUGAGGGAGAAAAAGCCUUCCUCCGCCUACAAGAAGAGAUUCUCAAGACAACAGACGACUACUCACUCUUCGCAUGGUGUGCCUCAUCGACUCUGAAAUCAACCUAUCGAGGACUGCUCGCACGAAGCCCCUCGGAAUUCCAAAACUGUCGCGCCAUUGAACGAGAAGACGUCGUCUCCACAUUCCCCAUAGGCUCUACGCCCAUCGGACUCCGCGUGCAACUUGAAUUCCUGCCCAAUGCCGAAGACAAGAGCCGUGUGCUUGCCAUGAUCCGAGCCAGCAAUUCCAUGAAUCAGCGCCUGGCCAUCUACCUGAAAUGUCUUGACGGCAAUAUGCAAUAUGCACGCGUCGACGCCGGCACCCUGGUCCCCAUUGACGACUAG